AUGUGCUACCUUAUCGAAUUUGGUGAUUUUUUAUCAACUGAUUUGAAAAAUACAGAUAAUAAACAAACUAUUAAACCAUGGGAACAAUUAUUAGAAUUAUAUCCAGGUUUAAAUGAACCUAUUCGAGAAAGUUGGAAUGAUCCAUUAUCAAUACGUAAAAUUUAUAUGAUAACACCAACGAAAACACGAGCUGAACAAAUUGCUGAUUUAACACGACUUGCACAAACACUUUAUUUAGUUCCAAAUCUAUUUUGGAUUAUUAUCGAAGAUGAAAUAAAACCAACUCAACGCAUACAUCGUUUACUUCAAUCAUUUCAUUUACCAUUUGUUCAUUUAAAUAUUGCAACACCAGAUUAUUUAAAACCAACACAAAAUCAAUCAACAUGGCGUCGUCCUCGUGGUAUGUUUCAAAAGAAUAUUGCUCUUCAAUGGAUUCGUUCAAAUACAAAUAGAAAUGAUGAUGCACUUGUCUAUUUUGCUGAUGAUGAUAAUACAUAUCAUUGGAAAUUAUUUCAAGAGAUUCGAAAAGUUCAAUCUGUUGGUGUUUGGCCAGUUGGACUUGUUGGUGAACUUCUCUAUGAACGUCCAAUAUGUUUAAAUGGAAAAGUUCAUUCAUGGUUUCAUUUUAUCUAUCGAAAACGAAAAUUUCCAACUGAUAUGGCUGGAUUUGCAAUUCAUUUAAAUCUUAUUCAUAAAUAUUCAAAUUAUAUAUUUAAUGUAAGUGCUACUAGUAUUGGUCAACAAGAAUCUCAAAUACUUGAUACAAUGACAACUCAAGAUCAACUUGAAUGUUUAGCUAAUAAUGCUUCCAAAAUUUAUGUUUGGCAUACAAAAACUCAAAUAAUGUUUAUAACAGCAGCUCAUAAAUUACAAAAAGCAGGACUAACUUAUGAUCUCAUUAGUGAAUUGUGA